GACACCUGACCUCGCUACGCCACUGUUGUAGGGUGUCUUUACUCGUAGGCUAGUACAAUAGUAUCUGCUCUUCUUACACGAACCGUUCCUAGGGUACUCUCCUCUGAACCUUCUGCUUUAUCCACGAUAUCUUUUCAUCCAACAGUGGAUCUGCUCCUAUCUUUUUUAUCCACUGGCUCUAUCCAUGGGCGUGGAUGUGGAUGACGGGAGGAAGGUUGCUGAACUGCUGGGCAUCAAAGUGUUCCUCUACGAACUUGUGGCCUACAGCGAUCUGGGCGUUUACCGCAAAAACCGCAAACUCUACGAGGACUACCAGUCACAAAACUUGACUGACUACACGCUCGACCCUGGCACGGGAGACGUCUUUCUACAUGGCUGGAAUAUGACCUUGACCCGGGGGUUCCUGUCCGAAAGAUCAGAGGUGAUCACAACCUACGCCUUGUGUGGGUUCGCUAACUUCAUCACUGCCGGCAUCAUCAUUGGCCUCUACAUCGUGCUGAUGCCCCACCGUAAGAAAGUCAUCUUCAAGUACAUCCUGCGCUCUAUGGUCGUAGGACACUGUGCCAGCUUUAUGACUGCGUGUGUUGCAGGUCUGCUACUGUAAGACCCUGCUAAUUUGAGGACAAUACUGAAUAAGAUUGAGAUGAACACAUACAUGCAACACGUCCUGAAAAAGUUGAGGCAGCUUCAACAAGCCAAUCAAUGAUUUGAAAAAUAAAGGAAUAUACACAUUUCACAAGGUGUUUAUUUUGGUUGUUGCAAAGGUAUUACGCCUAGCAAUUUUUUUCUUAAACCUUAAGUGUUGUUUAGAUCAACAGAUACCCUAAUGUGAGAUUUUAGUCUUGACAAUAAUACAAAUUAAGUGUACUGUCGCUGUACGGAUUACAGAUUUUUCUCAAGUUAUUACAUUUUUCUUACUCUAGGUGAAAGGGGGUGGGGAAGAAAAAGAAUUUAGCAAGGAGUUAUGUUUCUGGAGAGAUCGUAACUAAUUGGGCAACUGGUAGAUUUUAGAGGUGGGAGUAAAUUUAUCGAAUCAAUACCAAGCAACUCCAAUAAGUAAGGACUUAAGGUAUUUUGGACAUGUGACUCAUGUAACUUCACUAAAAAGGUUCCCAUAUUUUGUCAAAGAAAAUUAAAGUUCCUUGACAGCAAAAGGAAAUGUCUAGUUAUUUUAAUUUUAUCUAACAACUGUUAUGUCUGA